AUGGCGCGGCUCCAGCUCUACCAAAACCACGCGUCCGCCGAAUUGAUGUUGGCGGCCCCGGACGCGACCAAGGGCGGCGGCGUCGACGAAGAAGAAGGGCGGGCUUCCUGGUGGCUCUUCCAGUUUCUUGCGAUUUUGCUAGAACUUGUUUUGGGACUCUUCGUGUUCGGAAGGAUUAUUCCGCGGCACAGUAGCUCGGCGAAGGGCGCGGCCUGGCGCUCGUACGUCGUCAGCUACCUGCUUAUUUGGCCAGAGAUCGCCCUCGUGGCGGCGGCGGCGACUUCUGUCCGCGGCAGCGACUACACCAUUACGAAGAGUUCGAAGAUCAAGACCAAUGAGUCUCCGAGCUCGUCAGUGCAAAGCCUUGGGCAGCGCCGCGUGCUCUCGGGCUACGUCAUGACCGAUAGUAACAUUAGAACGGCCGUCGCGGUGUGGACCGCGGACAGUGCGGGCGCGGGUGCCGCCAUGGCGACGUACGGCGACAUUUCGACGUGGGACACAUCGGGGGUGACGGACAUGUCAGAGUUGUUCAAAGACACAUCUUAUCCCUUCAACGAGGACAUCAGUCAGUGGGACACCUCCGGCGUCACUACGAUGAACGGGAUGUUCGACGGCGCCUCGACCUUCGACCAGGACCUCGGCUGGUGCGUGGACGACGACGUGGACCUGAACAACGCGUUCAGAGGCACCCCGUGCGCGUCGACGUCGUGCGGCGUCACGCAAGUAGCCGGUGGUUGCGCGCCGACGCCGCGCCCAGUUCCGCAGCCGACGCCAAGGCCGACGUUCACGCCUACAUCGCGGCCGACCCCUCAGCCGACGUGGCAGCCGACGAGGCUCUCUGGUGACGAGGACGACGACGACUGCACCCUAGGCUAUGAGGUGCAUGAAUGCCGAGACGACGGGACGCUGAUGCGCAACGGCGGGUGCGAUUCGUGCGACUGCGAAGCGGUGGAAGAUCAAACGGCCGUGUCGGGCGGCCGAAUCACCUGCGAGCCGGGUACGAAUACCAUUUUUUACGACGAAGACCUCGACGGGAAUGCCGACGAAUCGUGGGAGGUCAGCACGUGCGAGUACGACGCCUGCGACGACGACGACGAGGAUGACGAUGACGAUGACGACGAUGCUGGUGGUAAUGUUAUGACUGACAGUAAGAUCUACACGGCCGUCGCGGCGUGGCUCGCGGACGCGACUGCUGCAGAGUCGAAGUACGGCCACAUCUCGACUUGGGACACAUCGGGGGUGAAAUACAUGGAGGAAUUGUUUGAAGGCGCUUCGUCCUUCAACGAGGACAUCAGCGGCUGGGAAGUCAAAAACGUACAGGAAAUGGGAAAAAUGUUCAAAGAAGCCUCGUCCUUUAACCAGGACAUCAGCACGUGGGACACCUCUAGCGUCAGGCAAUGGGAACAGAUAUUCAUGGGCGCCUCGGCCUUCGACCAGGACCUCGGCUGGUGCGUGGAACAAGACGACAUGUUGUCGUUUAGCGAUGCGAGGGGGGCAGGUUCGUUGUUCGUAGGAUCGAAGUGCGAGGCGACGUCGUGCGGUAUCCUGCCAUCCGCUGCUCAGAAGUGUGGUGGCGGCCCUAUGAGCGACUUUGGCAUCCGAUUGGCAGAGACCGCGUGGGUAUUGGAUGCGACGGCUGCCGAGUCGACGUACGGCCACAUUUCGACGUGGGACACAUCGGGGGUGACGUACAUGGCGUAUUUGUUUUGUGCGUAUCAACACAGCGAGUACUGCAACACGGCUGUGGCGUCCUUCAACGAGGACAUCAGUGCGUGGGAUGUCUCUGCUGUCAGGUACAUAGACUGGAUGCUCUCUUCUGUCACGGCCUUUAAUCAAGACCUCAGUGGUUGGACGUUCGACAGCGUUACAAAGAUGGAUGGGAUGUUAUUCGAAGCCUCGGCCUUCGACCAGGACCUCGGCUGGUGCGUGGACGACGCCGUGAGUCUGGGCAGCGUGUGCGAGAAGACCCUGGCGGCGGGGACGGCGGUGGGGGCGGCAGCGAGGACGGCGUGCGGCGUCAAACAAGCGGACGGAGCCUGCGCGCCGUCGCCACGUCCGACGUUGACCCCGGCGCCCACCGCGACGCCGGCGCCGACAGUACCUUUAGAUGACACGAGCAUCCGCACUGCCGUUGCGGCGUGGUUCUCGGACCGCGCCGCCGCCGAGGCGACGUACGGCCACAUCUCGCAUUGGAGUACGCGAGAUGUGACGGACAUGUCGGAGUUGUUUUGCGCGCCAACCUGGGAGAAAGAAUGCAACAAUAAAGCUAUUUCAUUCAACGAGGACAUCGGCGCGUGGGACACCUCCGGCGUAACGAGCAUGUCCCACAUGUUCUGGUACGCCUCGGCCUUUAACCAGGACAUCGGUGGUUGGGCGGUCGACAGCGUCACGGAUAUGAGAUCGAUGUUCUGGAGUGCCUCGGCCUUCAAUCAGGACAUCGGCGCGUGGGACACCUCCGAGGUCACGACCCUGGGCGGGAUGUUCAACGGCGCCUCGGCCUUCGACCAGGACAUUGGUGGUUGGGCGGUCCACAGCGUCACGUCUCUGGGCGACAUGUUCACCAGCGCCUCGUCGUUUAACCAGGACAUCAGUGGUUGGAAUGUACACAGUAACUCGGACAUGUACAAGAUGUUCUACCAGGCCUCGGCCUUUAACCAGGACCUCGGCUGGUGCGUGGACGAGGACGUGGAUUUUGAAGAGGCGUUUACUGGCGCCGCGUGUGAGUCGACGUCGUGCGGCGUCGUGCAAGUGGUGGGCGGAUGCGCCCCUUCGCCGGCGCCGACGCCGGCGCCGACGCCCGCCCAAACGAUGGUCAAGGUUGCCUCGUCUGUGACGCUGGAGGGCAUCGUCGCGACUGAAUUUAAUGCCGACGAAGGCAUGAAGGCGGCGUUCGCGCAGUCGGUUUUGGAUAGCGCGGGCGGGGCCUUUGACGAGGUGAUCGAUAUUGAGGCGGUGGGACGGCGGCGGCGCCUCGCCGGCGCGGGCGUCGGCGUCUCGUAUACGGGAGUCGCCCGCGUCGUCGGCACCAACGGCGCCGCGUCGGUUGGUGCAGAUUUGCUGGAACAAGCGUCGGACGCGCUGACGGCCGCCGUCGGCGACGGGAGCUUCUUGACCACUCUGCAGGCCGCGGAUACAUCGUUCGCCGCCGUGACCGUCGACGUCGCGGCGACGCAAGCGGCUAUUGCGGACGCUGCUCUCGAGGUCAUAGUCACGACGCCGGGCCCCACUGCGUCGCCGACGCCGCGGCCGAUCGGGGCUCCGACAUCAGCGCCGACCGCGACCCGCGGCAGUGACACCGUCGACGCCGCCUACCGCCUCUCAGGCGUCAGCGCCGCGCUCCUCGUGCUCGCGCUCGCCGCGUGA